AUGGAGGCACUCUUCGUAUUCUUAGUGCUUUCCAUAUCCGGGGCUUUCACUUACAAAUUGUCCUAUGAGAAGUUAUGGUUCAAAGUAGGAUCUCUAUUUGACAUCAUAUCAACUUCCUCAAAAAGAAACGUUUAUCCUUUGACGAGCAAAUUUGAAAUUGGCCCGAAUGAGAAUGUGUCAGGAAUGAGCAACUUCAUCAACAAAUUUUACACAGAAUAUUCUUUGCCCUCACACAAGAUACUGCAAUCACUGCGAGUCCUUUUUUCAUUAGCAAUGAUGACGUAUACGGUAACAAUAGAGAUUAUCCUAUGGCAGAUAAAGGUGGCUGGUAUGGACAAGGAUGUAACUUUCAUAACAAUCUGGGUGUGGCCUCUGACUGCCGUUAUGCUGUCAUUCAUUCUUAUUCUAUUUCAGCCAUUUUUCAUAAUAAUAUCGUUAUUGAAUAAGUUCUAUAAUGAUAGAUUUGAUAUCGACAGGCUGAUAAUUGUAACAUGCAUAACCUUGUCAUCACUUAUUGCACUUUUGAGUUACAUAAAUAUUGGACCGUUUCAAUACACAAAAAAUAUUCUAACUAGACUGUCCAUUGGAGGUGUAACAAUCAUGGCCUCCUUAUCUGGAUUGGCCACUGUUUCUAGUUUGUAUUACAACUUUUUAGUCAUCUGGCACAAGUUUUGCAAUACGCCAAUGACAGACCCCAGCUUUAGAAAUAUAAACAACAACAACAACAGUAAAUCUCUUUUAUGGACAUCAGACGCUUUUAUAGAGGAAAAAAUCCAAGAUUAUGAGCACAACAUUGAACAAAAUGUGCAAAUAUUAACACGUUUAGAAGAAGAAACAAACGGAGAAUACUCGACUUUUAAAGCAGAGUUGAUGGAGAAAAUUGCGUGGUAUCAAUUAGAACUUGGAAAAUUGGAGACAUUGUUACAACAGUCCCCUCAAGUACGUACUUUCAAGAAAGCCUUUGAAGUCGGUUUUAUCAUAUAUUGUCUUCAUAAACUAAUAAUAACUUUCCUAAAAAGAAUUCCGUAUAUCAUAUAUCAUUCAUUAAAAUAUCCAAAUGACUAUGACUAUGAAUAUUUCAGUGAAAAUGCAGCAUCAGAUCCUUUAGCCAUUACUAUGGCAAGUAUUUUAGAUUUUUCAUUUUUUAGGUUCAAUUAUCAACAUGACCUCGAUUCAUUGACUAAGCAAAUAUCAUUAUUUUUGUCCAUUUCGCUUUUCCUUUGCUGUCUCUCUGCGGUAAAUACCACUAUCUCAUACGUUGUGACCCUUUUACCCAUGAAGUUCCAGAUUCUUGCACUAUUUGCUAUGCAAAAUGACGAUACCGCCAAUGUACUCCCAGAGUAUUCAAGCAAUUCUAAUUAUAAAGGCAAGAAAGGGAAACUCUCUCAUGAGCAGAAAGGAAUAUCUUUGAUAAAAAAUUUAGUGGUGUCAGAAUUAACCGGUGUGUACGUUUUAGCUACCACUGUAAUGGUUAGGUCUCAUCUCCCUUUUGAAGUAUCACAAAGAUUAAAGGAACUGUUAGGUGAGAAAUUCACCGUCCCAAAUAUUGUCAUAGAUUCUUGGUUUGAUGAGGUCUAUGCUUUCGCGUGUGUAUUUACUUUCGUUUGCAUAAGAAUUGCGGAACGGAAACUUUCUACCAAAAAAGUCAGCUUUGAAUAA